AGCGCGAGGUUGCGCGUGCGCACGCCAGGCGCCACUACAAAAUAAGAUGGCUGACCAACGAAACAAAUAGAGCGCCGUUGUAAAUAACAAACUGUCCGAUCACGUUUCGAAACGGUAUUUCUUUAAAGAACAGGCAGUGUACGGUACUCUGGAAGCGCCUCGGUCUCGGUGCUUCGUGUUUCCACGGUGUGGAAUCGUGCGGGCAACGGACAACGUGCAGUCGUGCAUUCCAAGCCACGAUUCACCGUUGAAUGCGUCACGCGUGUCCACGAGCUUCGAGAGGAACAGUUUAGGAAAAAAAAGCCAAAAAUCACACAUCGCCAGGAUGCAAUUACGAAAGCGAGGUUACCUCGCAAUACAUCUCCGCUUACGGCUCGCCUAGCUCCUCAUGCUAGUCUCGUCUUCCGAAUUGCUUGGAACACAGCAUGAAGGAGAUGCUUGGAGGGUGCUGCGUGUGUUCUGACGAGAGGGGUUGGACUGAAAAUCCACUAGUGUAUUGUGAUGGUCAAGGUUGUACUGUUGCUGUACACCAAGCUUGUUACGGUAUUGUUACGGUACCCACGGGACCAUGGUAUUGCAGGAAAUGUGAGUCACAGGAACGUAGUGCUCGUGUACGUUGUGAGUUGUGUCCAAGCCGAGAUGGAGCUCUUAAAAGGACUGAUCAGGCUGGCUGGGCACAUGUGGUAUGUGCUCUGUACAUACCUGAAGUUAGGUUUGGUAACGUGACAACGAUGGAGCCAAUUAUUUUGCAAUUGAUACCAUCGGAGAGAUUUAGUAAGUCAUGUUACAUUUGUGAAGAACAAGGAAGAGGCAGUAGAGCAAAUGUAGGAGCCUGUAUGCAGUGCAACAAGACUGGCUGCAGGCAGCAAUUUCAUGUUACUUGCGCUCAGGCUCUUGGGUUGCUCUGCGAAGAAGCUGGCAAUUAUCUAGAUAAUGUUAAAUACUGUGGAUAUUGUCAGCAUCAUUAUUCGAAAUUGAAAAAAGGUGGUAACGUAAAAACAAUACCACCUUACAAACCAAUACCUGCUGAUAAUGGUUCGUCAGACUCGUCUCCUGAAAAGGAAGCAGAGACCCCGAUAAAAUCUUCGUCAAGUGGUAAACGAAAGAGUUCAAGUUCCAAAUCUGCUACAAAUUCUAAAAACAAAUCGAAUACUAGUCCAAGUCUAGAAAUAAAUGGCGUUGCUGACGACAAAAGCAGUAGCGGCCGUAAUACACCCAAAGACAACACCACAAAUUCCAGUAAAUUCACCACUUCAAACUUCGUAGAAACAAUCGUCACCCAAUCGGAGAGUGUGUUCGGACAUGAUGGUACCACGUCCACUACUGCUGCGGUGGCUGCUACCAUUAAAUCCGGAUCAAACUCGAGCUCCGGCCAUAAAAAUAGUGGACAAACAAAAUCGAACUCUUCGUCAUCAAAUAAAACAUCGAGCCACAGUAAAAAAAGAAAGACAGGAGCGCGAACGCCAACGGUAAUAGGAAAUGAAAAUUCAAACCAAUCGGUGAGUUCCGAAGCUAGCGGUUCGGUUGUAAUUGCUGUAAGUUCUGUUGUACAGCAAGCUGUAUCGAGCAAUAAUGUACAGACAACUAUAACUGAAGCGACAAGCUUAAGCACAACCACGGAGCCAGAAAAAUCGAAGAAAUUAAAGGUGGAGAGCCCCCUGCAGUCAUCGUCGAGCACUCCAGUCACUACCGAAGUGACUACCACACCUGUGAUAAUGGCAGUAACGCAGUCUCAAUCAUCGAUUGUUACUCAGUCACCGACAACCACAUCAAACAGUAUAGUCGUAUCUGUUCCAUUAACCGCAACAUCAUUAUCUAGUACUGUACAGAGCGUGGUGACGAGUGCCCCAACGCUUUACCAACAAUUGCAACAGAGUAUCAUAACUACCGCAGCCACCACACAAUCCAGAACAAGUGCUAUGUCAAAUUCCGAAAGAUUUAUCGCGGAAGAAGCUCCUAUUAAGAGGUCUCGUUCUCAAUCGUCAGAUAAACAAGAAAAGCCUCGCAAACUAAAACGUGGAUCAUCAAAUAGUCAACCAGCACUGCCACAGUCACAGAUGCAACAGCAUCAGCAGCAAUCUCAAUCAGCAGCUUCAUCCGUGGUAACGUCAGUAUCUAGCAAUGCAGUAGUAACAACGUCUAAGCGAGGAGGAAGAAGUAAUCAUCAAACUCCUCCACCUGCUGUAACUGUUGCACCUGUAUCAUCCAUUAUCCAAGGACCAACACUUUGUAGUGGUCAUUUUAGUAACAUUGGUUCUGUAUCUGCAAACACUAUGGGCCCUACUGUCAAGGAAUCUCCACCCAGCAGUCCCGGUUCUGAGAGUAUGAGCAGUAGUGGACCAGGAAGGAGGAAAAGAAAAGGAACCAGUGCAGCUUCAACGACGCCAACACCUUCUGCAUCCACUACUCCGACGCUUACGAACCCAAAAGAGGAAAAGGAUGUGAAACUAUUUCAGAAUGGAGUUAGUGCACCACAUAUGCUCGGAAAUCAGUUGAACCCGACAUCCACGAUGGCACAAAAAAUGUCUGAUACUCUCUCCCAAGAACUCGAAGCACAUUCUAUUUUUACGGAAGCUAAUAAUUCCACAACGAAUUUAGUUGGUCCGCAGCUACAUAGUCGAGUAAUUGCAUCUAUACGAUCCAAUCAAUCAGGUGCACCGCCCACAUCAUUUUCUUCAGUUUUUAAUACUACUACCAAUACUAACACAAACAAUAGCUCGGGCGCUAGCACAACCAGUACUGGUGCUUUAGGCAGUGGAGCAAUACCCCAAACGCUCGACCAACUUUUAGAGAGGCAAUGGGAACAAGGAAGUCAGUUUCUGAUGGAACAAGCCCAGCACUUUGAUAUCGCUUCUUUACUUUCGUGUCUUCACCAAUUGAGAGCAGAAAAUCUUAGAUUAGAGGAACAUGUAAAUAGUCUUCUGCAGAGGAGAGAUCACUUAUUGGCUGUGAACGCUAGACUUGCAAUUCCUCUGACGACUCAGCCUAGUACCCAUCCAGUGAACAACAUACAUCCAACAGUCAACCCAUCGCAUCCCAAUGUCCCACAUCCCGAAGUCCCACCAGGAGCUGCAGCCCCUGUUCCAAGAGUGAGUAGGGAACCGCGAGUAAACAACACAUACAUGCCUCACUCAAGCUCCAGUAAUCAUUCUACAACACUGGAAAAUGGCCUGCCUCCGGAUCCAUCACCUCCUGCUGCAGCUUCACUCUCACAGUACCAGCACAGGACAUCGUUGGUUGCACCCCAGCCAAGUCCAACGAUCAGACACAGUCCAGCUGGGAGCGCAUACCACCAAGGGCAGCCUAGUAAUAUAGUGUCUCCGGCACCGACUAGUAAUUCUGGUGUGGUCAGGAAUUCGUCCGUUACACCAGAUCCUCUGCGUGGAGUACCAAGUAGGUGGAGUUUUGAUACGUUUCAGGUCAGUGCCACAGUCGUCGAGCAAUUACAUGACUUCGAUGUACCAGCCCACAAUGUCCAGUUUGACAAGUAAUCAUAACCUUCAUUCACAUGGACCUUCUCCACCCAGCCAUGGACCGCCUGGAAAACCUAGCUGAAGAUAGGUAGAAAACAAGGAAGACUAUGCUAUGUCCGACAAUAGCAAAUACAGUGAGACAUAGUCGUUGGCUCGACGAAGAAAAAAACGAACACAGGGAAAUCGUUUGUCCUUUGUGCUUCUUUGCUGAUUGAUUGGAUCUCUGACUGGUCUCUGCUCGAUAAAGUGUGAUCAACGAUAGAUUCGAAAACUUGUUAACUGGAAAAAAAGAAGUCUAUGCUACGCGAGGAGAAAAUAUUUGCAUUUAUAAACACGUGAUUCGCAAUUUUAUUCCAUUUGAGUGAGUAGAGCUGAUCCAUGAGUUUAUACGUUUCUAUUGUUUCUCGGCGAAUGUUUGAGAGCGUUGUUUUAUCAGGUCGAAUCAAAGAUUAGGUUCGUGAUAAUACCACAAUUAUUACGAUAAAAAAAAAAGCCUUUCGAACGAAGAAGCAAUCUGUAGAAAUAGAAACACAGUUUUCUUUUUUUCAUUUUCAUUUCGUUUUUCUCCUUUGGUUGCACAUCAUCGAGCACGUCUGAGACAAUCUUUACAUCAUCAUCAUCUAUCAUUGUCAUCGGCAACGUGUGAUGUAAACAGUAAAACCGCAGAUGUACAAAUUUUAGAUUAUAAGUUAAUCUAUCGCGACGAAUAGCAAUAAUAAAACGAAGUAGGUGUACAUUUUAUAUUAAAAAAAAAAAUGCAAAAAAAAAGAGAACGAGAAAAAUUGC